AUGGACGAAGACGGUGCGAGAUACUCGGAAAGCAACGAGGUCGAGAUGGAGCAGGAGGAAGUUCCUGCAAGGACCCAGAAGCAGGUCUACAUUCCUGGGGUGAGUCGAGCGUUGAAGACUGACGAAAAGCUGGAUUUUGAUCCGGAAGCGUACAAGAUCUUUUAUUCGUUUGAAACAACGUGGUCUUGUCUCUCCUUUGACAUAUUGAAGGAAGACAAUCCAAGUACCGAUUUUCCACUGAAGUGCUAUUUGGUGGCGGGGACUCAGGCAGACAAACCGAAGAAUAAUGAACUGCUUGUUAUGGGGCUUCAGAAUCUCACAGCACUGGAGGACGAAGACGAAGAAGAUGAAUUGAGUGAUGAUGAAAGUGAUUCGGAGGCUGGUGGUAAAAAAGAUGUGUUGUCGCAUUCUGUAACAGUUCCCCAUUAUGGGGGCAUCAACAGAGUCAAGGUCAAACGACUUGGUGAUAGCACGGUAUGCUCAGUUUGGAGUGACACUGGCAAGGUGGAGCUCUGGAAUGUAACAAAUGCCUUUAACGAGUGCAUGAAAAUGUCUGCAAAACCUAAGGAUGAAAAGCGCAUACAGGAAAAACCGCUAUUCACAUAUAGUACGAGGAAAGAAGGUUAUGCUCUCGAUUGGUCAAGACUGAAACAGGGAGAUUUCGCAUCUGGGGAUCAGUGUCGGGAUAUUCAUAUCUACCGAAUGCAUGAAGGUGGUACAUGGGCCGUGGAUCAACGUGCUCUGUGCGGUCAUACUGGCUCUGUUGAAGACGUGCAUUGGUCUCCUACAGAACCGUUGCUGGCUUCCUGUUCUUGUGAUGGCACAAUCAAAUUGUGGGAUUCUCGAUCGAAGCCAGCAGAUGCAUGCGUCUGCACCGUUAAUAAGGCUCAUGACUCAGACGUGAAUGUAAUCUCUUGGAACACACUUGACCCUCUCUUAGUAACGGGUGGUGAUGAUGGUGAAUUGAAGAUUUGGUCUCUAAAAACCAUACAGUCAAAUAUUUUAUCACUUCGAUUUCAGUUUGGCCAGCCCGUUGCUCGGUUCAAAUAUCAUCGAGGACCCAUUACUUCUGUGGAAUGGUUACCACAGGAGUCAACUACAUUUAUGGCCUCUGGUGAAGAUGACCAAGUUACUAUUUGGGACAUAGCUACUGAAGCAGAUUCUCACGAAUCUAUCGAAGGAGUCCCUGCACAGUUGAUGUUUCUGCAUCUGGGACAAAAAGAGGUAAAGGAAGUGCAUUGGCAUCCUCAGAUCUACGGAUUGGCUCUAACAACGUCGUUCGAUGGAUUUAAUUUGUUCAAGACUAUAAAUAUAUAA